AUGCGUCAAACCUCAGUGUGCAAAGGAGAAAAUCGUGGUUGGUGGGACAUGCUGCGUCAACAACCAAGUGAAUCAGACCGCACGGGGACUGAUCACGGAGAGUGGAAAAACAUUAAUCGUUGGAUCUCUGCGCUCGUCUACAUGAUCGGCCUAGAAGCACAAGAACUAUGCUACACAGGUCUGCCCGUUGGCGCCACAAAUUCACAACCCGCACAGAGUGGACCGGCUAUUUCAACAUCAAUUGGAAAUGGUGAGUAA